AUGGACAUCACUACUGCUCAUCCAGAACGCGGCACUGGUUUCCUCAAAACUUCUUUCAAUGGAAUUAACGCUCUCUCAGGGAUAGGAAUUCUAUCCAUUCCUUAUGCCCUGUCCCAGGGAGGAUGGCUAAGCCUGAUCGUCUUCGCCGCCAUAGCGAUCAUCUGCUACUACACGGGGAUCCUGCUACAGCGGUGCGUCGACUCCAGCUCAAGGAUCAAGAACUACACUGACGUUGGCGAGGUUGCCUUCGGCCGGAAGGGCAGGAUCCUCGCGGCAACGGUCAUGUACCUGGAACUUUACCUGGCCGCCAUCGACUUCUUGAUCAUGGAAGGCGACAACCUGGACAAGCUGUUCCCAGCAGUGAGCUUCCGCGUCACUGGCCGCCUUACGCUCACCGGCAAGCAAGCGUUCGUGCUGAUCGCGAGCCUGGUCGUGCUCCCGACGACGUGGCUCCGGAGCCUGGGCAAACUGGCCUACGUCUCCCUCGGCGGCGUCCUGGCCUCCGCUGUCCUCGUCGCCGCCAUCUUGUGGAUUGGAGCGUUCGACGGCGUCGGCUUCCACGAGAGGGGCGUGCCCGUGCACUGGGCGGGGCUCCCCACUGCCAUGAGCCUGUUCGCCUUCUGCUUCAGCAGCCAUCCGGUCAUCCCGAAGCUAUACCUCGGCAUGAGAGACCGAAAAAUGUUCCCAAAAGUGUUGGUGGUAUGCUUCGCCGUUUCCGCUUUCGGCUACGGGCUCACCGGCGUGGCCGGCUACCUGAUGUACGGCGCGUCGACGCAGUCGCAGGUGACACUAAACCUGCCGCCGGGCAACCUGAGGUCCAAGAUCGCCAUCUACACCACCCUAGUGAACCCGCUGACCAAGUACGCGCUGUUCGUCAUCCCGAUCGCGGACGCCGUCGAGGACAGCCUCCGGGUCGCCGACAGCCGGCCGGUGAGCAUCGCCAUCAGGACCGCACUGGUCGUCGGCACCACUGUCGCCGCGCUUGCUGUGCCACUGUUCGGCUACGUCACCAUGCUCACCGGCGCGCUCAUGUGCAGCUCGGUCAUCAUGCUGAUGCCGUGCGCGUGCUACCUCAAGAUCAGCUCCAUGACGUCCAGGAAGCUAGCAGGGUUCGAGCGGGUGGCGUGCGUAGGUAUUAUGGUGCUUGCUGUGGGCAUCGCUGUUGUGGGCACGUACAUUGCACUCAAACAAACAUAUUUAUUUGGUUGCUUAUAG